CGCCACGAAGCGCGGUGAGGUGACGGAGACGCGCGCGCGCUGCGCCUACUCGUUGCGCUCAUUAUAACCGAGAAAGAGAGAGAGAGGGAGAGAGGGAGAGAGGGGGGGAAGGGGGGAAAGGGAGGCGCGGGGAUUCCUCAACACUUUAAGUUCAUCCGUUCCACUCGCCGACUAUAGAUCAUAAUUGCAAUCCGUCCGUUUCCCUCCACUCGACGCUCAGCCGCACGAGAGACGAACCCGCCGCUCCAUCACAACGGUCGAUGCGUGCGGACGCACGUGCACGUGGGCGGUGGGGGCUGUGUUGCUCCGCUCCGUAGGCUUCGCCGUUCACGCCGCCGGGGCCGGCAGACACGAGUUGGAGAGCGACCCGAGCGGAGUUUGACGGACUUGCCGGUGAGAGAAAACACUUUCAGAACCAAGGACAGAUCCGACCCGCGUGCCCGGGCGAGCACGCGCAAAGUGGACAACAUCUGGAUUGCGCUCGUCUCGCCAAGCUCCGCGCGUUGAUUGUUAAUUGUCGCACGGCUUUGUGGAAAAGAGACACCGUGCAGAUAGAUCUACUACCAAGAGACACCUAGUGCUGCAACCAGGUAAUAUUGCAACAUGCUGCACCCACCCGGCGCAGACUUGACAGGCAUCGGCCUCCUGUCGCUGUAAACCUCUGCUCCUCGAGACCUCAGCCCGGCUGAACCCUAUUACCCGGUGCUGCCAUGCUGCGUGUAGUGCUCUGCCCCAGGUCGUUGGCCAAGUCGGCCCAUUAUUGGCCAUUACCCAUGCUCCUGCUGGAGCUGCUGAUACCGGGAGUCCUGCCCAACACCUCCAGAUUAACACCGGCAGCCAAACGUGAGAUCAUCAUGGAGGGGGACUUGGUGAUCGGAGGCUUGUUCCCGGUACACCACAAAGGUGAUGGGAUGGAAGACUGUGGCAAGAUCAACAAGGAGAGAGGGAUCCAGAGACUGGAAGCCAUGCUGCUGGCACUUGAUGAGAUAAACUCCAGCGACCGCAUCCUUCCCGGACUCCAGCUGGGGGCCCACAUCCUGGACACUUGUUCCAAGGACACUUAUGCUCUGGAGCAGUCCCUCGAUUUUGUCAGGGCGUCCCUCACCAAGGUGCACGAUCCGGGCUUCAUCUGCCCCGAUGGCUCCAGACCCGUCCAGAACGAGGUCCCAAUUGCCAUUUCGGGGGUCAUUGGAGGAUCGUACAGUGACGUUUCCAUUCAGGUGGCUAACCUCCUGCGAUUGUUCCAGAUCCCUCAGAUCAGCUACGCCUCCACCAGCUCAAAGCUCAGCGACAAGACCCGAUACGACUACUUUGCCCGAACUGUACCUCCUGACUUUUACCAGGCCAAGGCCAUGGCGGAGAUCCUGCGUUACUUCAACUGGACUUACGUGUCAACAGUAGCAUCAGAGGGCGACUAUGGCGAGACCGGCAUCGACGCCUUCCAGCAGGAGGCCCGCAACCGCCAAGUCUGCAUCGCCACUUCAGCCAAGGUGAGCCGCACCAUGAACCGCCAGGGCUACGACAACGUGAUCCGCGCUCUGCAGCAGAAGUCCAACGCCAAGGUGGUCAUCCUGUUCACCCGCAGCGAAGACGCCCGCGAGCUGCUGGUGUCGGCCGCCCGCAUGAACGCCACCUUCAUCUGGGUGGCCAGCGACGGGUGGGGAGCGCAGGAGAGCGUGGUGAGGGGCAGCGAGAUUGCAGCAGACCGGGCCUUCACCAUAGAGCUGGCUUCCUACCCAAUCAGAGAGUUCGAAGACUACUUCACCAAGCUGAACCCGUACACCAACACAAGGAACCCGUGGUUCAAAGAGUUCUGGGAGCACCGCUUUGGCUGUAGCCUUCAGGAAGCAGGCUGCAGCGAUAACAACCUCAGAGAUGGGACUUUCGAGCAGGAGUCCAAGAUCAUGUUUGUGGUAAAUGCAGUGUAUGCCAUGGCCUAUGCCCUGCACAACAUGAGGCAAGCGGUAUGCUCCAACACAUCCAAGGUCUGUGACGCCAUGAAGCCGGGAAAUGGCAAAAGGUUCUACAAGGAGUUCAUCUUGAAGACCAAGUUUGAAGCUCCAUUCCGACCUGUAGACACACAGAACAUGGUGCGCUUUGACUCCUUCGGCGACAGCAUCAGCCGCUACAACAUUUUUCAUUACCACAAAGAAGAGGGAAAGUUUGUUUACAGAAAAGUUGGCUACUGGGACCAACACCUGACCCUGAACACCAGCCUGGUCCCCUGGCCCGACCUUGUACCGCCCACUUCCCAGUGCAGUGACCCCUGCCGGAAGAACGAGGUAAAGAGCAUGCAGCCUGGAGAUGUGUGCUGCUGGAUUUGUAUCCCCUGUCAGCCCUACCAGUACCUGCAAGAUGCAUUCACCUGUGCUGACUGUAGCUUUGGUCAGUGGCCCCUGUCUAACUUGACCGGCUGCUAUGAUCUACCUGAAGAAUAUAUCCGGUGGGAGGACGCGUGGGCCAUUGGGCCAGUCACCAUCUCCUGCCUUGGCAUACUGUGUACUCUGUCGGUCGUGGGCCUGUUCCUCAAGAACAAUGAGACGCCUGUGGUCAAAGCCAGCGGACGUGAACUCUCUUACAUCCUGCUGUUGGGAGUGCUGAUGUGCUACCUCAUGACCUUCAUCUACAUAGCCAAACCGUCCACUGCCGUUUGCACCCUACGCCGCCUCGGCCUGGGCACGUCGUUCGCAGUGUGUUACUCGGCUCUGCUCACCAAGACCAACCGCAUCGCUCGCAUCUUCAGCGGCGUGAAGGACGGAGCUCAGCGGCCGCGCUUCAUCAGCCCCGCUUCCCAGGUGGCCAUUUGCGGCGCUCUCAUCUCCUGUCAGCUGCUGGUGGCUGUUAUAUGGCUGCUGGUGGAGGUGCCGGGGGUUCGGAAAGAGGUGGGCCCGGAGAGGAGAGACGUGGUCACCCUCAAGUGCAGCAGCAGGGACUCCAGCAUGCUCAUGUCACUCACUUACAACUGCAUCCUCAUCAUCCUCUGCACCGUCUAUGCAUUCAAGACUCGAAAGUGCCCUGAAAAUUUCAACGAGGCCAAGUUCAUCGGGUUCACUAUGUACACCACCUGCAUCAUCUGGCUCGCUUUUCAGCCCAUCUUCUAUGUCACUGCCAGUGACUACAGGGUGCAGACCACGACCAUGUGCAUAUCCGUCAGUCUGAGUGGUUCGGUGGUUCUCGGCUGCCUCUUCGCUCCGAAAGUUCACAUCAUCCUGUUUCAGCCCCAGAAAAACGUGGCCUCACUGAGAGUCACAGCCAACCGCUUCAGUGCCACAGUGUCUGCCACUGCCUCCGCUCCGAGCUCCAGCUACUCCAAAGGAUCAGCCUCUAACUACGUGCCAGCAGUAUGCAACGGCCGCGAGGUGGUGGACUCCACAACGUCUUCUUUGUAAAAAAAAAAAGGAAGAAAAAAGGUUCCCUCUAUAAGCACAAGAGGCCAUUGCAUCAUUACUCGUCCUUCCAUCCAACAGGGCUCCACCUCAGAGCCCCUUUUCCAUCCAACAUAACUCUGUCUGGGUAGACUGACAGGGGAAAGGCUAAUUCUUAACUGUGAAGGCUAAACUAUGUUCCUACAGCAAGCAGUAUGUAUCAAUUGUAGAUUUAUUAUUCUGUGAUCUCCUUGGUUUACAGAUAUAGAUGUGAUUAAAUGCACCGUGCCUUGUCCUUAAGAGUCUUGUUGUCUAAUGGGUGGUUGUGAAGCAAUAGUGUUGUACAAAAACAAAAGGCUGUUCUUAUCUUGUCCUUUUAAGUGCUGUGAAUAUAUCCAAAUAAUGUAGACAUCAACAAAAAAAGAUAUAAAAUAAAUUUACCCCUUCUGUUCCCUAAAAUAAGUGAUUAACUUUUGUGAACGUGAUUAAAAGUAGGAAAAUAGACAAUAUACAGGAGGUGUGUUAUUGUAGACUGGUUUAACAGUGUGUGCUUUACUGUCAUUUAUGGAAAUAAAAUGUUUGUUUUUUAAAUUAAAAAAUGAAAUACUGUUUGGUUGGGGUUCACUCAUGCAUUUCUUCAUAAAUUAUCAAACUAAAUCCAAAUCAACAGCUUUUGCAAACAGGCUUUGAUUAUUUCCCGCUGUCUUAAUACCAAAUGAACUGCCUUUAAAAUGUCUUUAGUUGAAUCCAUGUACAGCAUUACUGAGUAACAAAGUGAAGAAAACAAACAGGUGAAGAUGUUGAGUUGUGAGGUAUUAACAUGACAUUUAAGUCUGCUCUAUUACAGUAUGUGCAAUUAAAGAUGAACAUAACCUCCAUGUAUCUUUUAUACUCAUUGGACUUUCCUGACAUUUAAUUAAACAACUUGCCAACUG